ACAGCCGGCUAAGCUGCACUAGUCACUCACGGAGACCACUUUGAAGGUUUGCAGUGAGGAAGCGAAGUACCGCAGGAUUUCGUCUUGACCUACGCAUUUGUAUUUAUUAUAUUUUCAAAAAAAAAAAAGACUCGGAACAAUACAGCAGCAAGAUGCGUGAAUGCAUUUCUGUACACGUGGGCCAAGCUGGUGUCCAAAUGGGCAAUACCUGCUGGGAGCUCUACUGCCUGGAGCAUGGGAUCCAGCCUGACGGGCAGAUGCCUAGCAACAAGCCGGUGGGUGGGCACGACGACUCCUUCACCACUUUCUUCAGCGAUACUGGAGCAGGGAAAUACGUGCCCAGGGCCAUCUUUGUGGACCUGGAGCCCACCGUCAUAGACGAGGUGCGCACAGGUACCUACCGCCAGCUGUUCCACCCCGAGCAGCUCAUCACUGGCAAGGAAGACGCUGCCAAUAACUACGCCCGCGGGCACUACACCAUCGGCAAGGAGAUCAUCGACCCCGUUUUGGAUAGGAUCCGUAAACUGGCGGAUCAGUGCACAGGUCUUCAAGGUUUCCUGGUUUUCCACAGCUUUGGAGGUGGUACUGGUUCUGGUUUCACCUCACUGCUGAUGGAGCGCCUCUCUGUGGAUUUUGGUAAAAAGUCCAAGCUGGAGUUUGCCAUCUACCCAGCUCCCCAGGUGUCUACAGCUGUGGUGGAGCCCUACAACUCCAUCCUGACCACCCACACCACCCUGGAGCACUCUGACUGCGCCUUCAUGGUCGACAACGAGGCCAUCUAUGACAUCUGCCGCAGGAACCUGGACAUUGAGCGCCCAUCCUAUACCAAUCUCAAUCGGCUCAUCAGCCAGAUCGUCUCCUCCAUCACUGCCUCCCUGCGCUUUGAUGGUGCCCUGAAUGUGGACCUGACUGAGUUCCAGACCAACCUGGUGCCCUACCCUCGCAUCCACUUCCCUCUGGCCACCUACGCCCCUGUGAUCUCUGCUGAGAAGGCCUACCAUGAGCAGCUGUCGGUGGCUGAGAUCACCAACUCCUGUUUUGAGCCUUCAAACCAGAUGGUGAAAUGUGACCCCCGUCAUGGCAAGUACAUGGCCUGCUGUCUGCUGUACCGUGGAGACGUGGUGCCCAAAGAUGUUAAUGUGGCCAUCGCCACCAUCAAGACCAAAAGGAGCAUCCAGUUUGUGGACUGGUGUCCCACUGGCUUCAAGGUGGGUAUCAACUACCAGCCCCCAACAGUGGUGCCUGGGGGAGACCUGGCCAAGGUGCAGAGAGCUGUGUGCAUGCUGAGCAACACCACCGCCAUCGCUGAGGCCUGGGCUCGCCUGGACCACAAGUUCGACCUGAUGUACGCCAAGCGUGCCUUUGUCCACUGGUACGUGGGAGAGGGGAUGGAGGAGGGAGAGUUCUCUGAAGCACGAGAGGACAUGGCGGCCCUGGAGAAGGAUUAUGAAGAGGUGGGAAUUGAUUCCUAUGAAGGAGAAGAAGACGGAGAAGAGUACUAGGAAUACAAAGCAUCAGUGAAGGCAAAGAAAGAGAUUUGUUAGAUGUCAGACGCCAGAUUACACCGAGAUCUCCGAAAAUAAGUGGACACACUGCUCUUGGGUUCGUUUGUUUCUCAUAGCUGUAUAAAAAUGUCUAGCACUCAUGCCAGAAAAAUAAAUUUCCAUGUAGUUCUCAGUAAUAUAACUGGUACUUAAUGUCUUUAAAAGCACCUGCGUACAGGUUGGGGAAAAAAAAAAAACAUUUGACCAUUACCAUUGAUAAUACUUAAACUGGAAAAUAAGUUGAUAUAAGACCAUUGUAUGGUGUGGCAAAAAUAAAGCAUAUUAAAAACCUUGAAAUGUCAUUAGUGUAUUCCAUCCAGAACACUGAAAUAUAUUCGCAUCAUGGGCAAUAAACAUUUAGCGAGUCUCUCUCUUUGGAUGAUCACCGUGGUUUGCUGCAAAUUGCUCGCAUUACGUAGCACGAAAUGUUUUGGGUGAAACACCCAUGUUUGGGGGUUUAUUUAUUUCAUUGGGCCUUUUGAAAUAUUUGUGUUGCUGUUUGUUUCUGUUACCAAGCACAGUAUGUGAUGCGGAGGCCUACAGAAACUGUCGUAACUGCCAGAAGCCCUUACUUUUGUAAAUAAACUUGUUUAACCCAAA